AUGGAGCAUGACACCAAGACGCACCCGUACUUGACAAGUGACAAGACAUCCUUUGCUUACAUUUCGGCUCGGGACCGAUGGCCCGUCAUUGUUACUGGCGCCAUUGACGAUCUCUAUCGCUCGACAUCCCAGUGUGACGAUGCCGCCAAGCAGGACGAAGGGAAAAAGAUCGUGGAAGAGCUCGUGCACUUGAAAUACGAACUCCAACAUGACCGAAACCUCACACCUAUACGAGACGACGGCGGCGCCGACGUAACCCUGUACAACCAUGAACUAGAGAAGCUCGGGACACCGAGCUGGUUUAGCAUCCCCUGGCUCUACUGCGAGCGGAUCAGCACGUCAUUCAACCUCUCUUCGUACUGGAAGAGCUACGAUGUCUUCUCCCGGCAAAAAAUCAACACCUUUCGAUCGUCGAGGCCUGCCGUCUUGGAGCUUGCCGGGCGGUACAAGGACCUGGUCACGCAGAUGCAGGCUGACAAGAACAAGACCGGUGCCGAACAUGAGGAGACACAGAAGGUCCUGUUCUUCGAGAUGUGCGAGAUAUGUCUCUGGGGGAACGCCACCGACUUGUCACUAUUGACAAGCCUGACCUACGAAGACAUUCAAAAGCUGCAGGGAUCCGAGGCUAGGAAAGCCUCAGAGAAGAACAUUCUGGUCAACGAUCUCGGGGCUGCCUACGAGGUGUUGACCAAGGCUAAAAGCGAGGGUAAGGCGGAGCGCCGUGUUGACAUCGUAUUGGACAAUGCGGGCUUUGAGCUAUACGUUGAUCUCAUUCUUGCCGGGUACCUUCUAUCGUCCGGCCUUGCGACACACGUUGUGCUGCAUCCCAAGUCGAUCCCGUGGUUCGUAUCGGACGUCUUACCCGGGGACUUUGCUGCUCUACUGGGUGCUCUCGCCAGCCCGAAGACAUUCUACGAAACACCAUCGGAAGACGAAAAGUUGCAGGACAAAUCGCCACCCCCCUUGGCCGACAAGGAAGCCUCGGAGCUUUCCUUCCUGUUCCAAGAAUGGGCCACCAUGCAUGCCGAGGGGCAGCUCAUCCUCAGACCAAACACCUUCUGGACGCACCCCGGUAGCUAUUGGAGAUUGCCAACGGAGGCAAAGGACUUGUAUGAGGACCUCAAGACAAGCGAGUUGGUUGUGUUCAAAGGCGACUUGAACUACCGAAAGCUGACUGGCGAUGCGGCAUGGGACCCAUCUACGUCGUUUGUCGAAGCCAUCGGCCCUCUUGGACCUGGGUCCGGUGUCAACGUUCUUGCACUGCGCACGUGUAAGGCUGAUGUCGCAGUUGGGCUCAAGCCUGGCGAAGACGAGGAACUGCGCGCAACAGAGGGCGGAGGUGGAGAUAGCGGUGCCAGGAAAUGGGCUUGGAGCGGCAAAUGGGCCGUGGUCUCGUUCUCGGGUGGCAAGUAG